AUGCCCGACCCGUCGCCAGCUCCCAGUGCUUCCAUCUUUGGAAGGAAGCCGUCGCUGUUUUCAAGCAAGAAGUCGUCACGCAAGGAAAGCACUUCCAUCACGCCCAUCUCGCCGCCAGUCAGCGAAGAACUAUCUCCGACAGCGCGCAGAGAUUCGUCGGUCAUAUCGCUCCCUUCCUCAAUCGCCGAAGGAGACAUUCGUCGCAGCGCAUCCCUUCGCUCCCACGAGUCGCAGUCGUCGAUACAUCACCACAAGGCCCGAGGCUCGUCCAUAGCCGUUCCAUCCCGCUCUCCCAUCCGCCUGCAUCGUCAAAGUCGUUCCAUUAGUGCCAAUGCCACUCACACGAUCAAACCGCCCUUCAACACCACAUUGAGUCCACAAAAGUCGUCGGAUAGCUUCUCGCGCGAUCGCCAACACAGUCUUGCUGAGCCUGUUCCCAAGACUCCCUUCUCCAUGCUGGCCACUCCUUUCAGCCAUGGUCUCAAGCGCUCAGAGACAGACCGUCCUUCGUUGACAUCAUAUGCCACCAAUGGUAGUUCCCUUAAUCUGGUCCCGUCAAAUACAACCCAAGCUCCUCAAACCAGCUUCGUUCCUGCCGCUCUCUUGAACCACAUACAUGACACAUGCCGCAAGCGCAUAGCUACUCUGGAGUAUCUUCGCAAAGUACAUGAAGGUCACCUCUACUACUUCAAUACCCUCCUUUACACACCCUCCAACCUCAACCAACUUCCGUCCAUGCACUACUCUAAGCUUGGUCGCCGUGCUUCGAAUUACCUCCUCCUCGGUACCUCCAUACCUCCUCUUCUCGAUAUGAACUCGGACAAUCCACUCGACUACCUGCGUUCUCUCGCUGCUCUUCUCGCAGAGUACGAUACUUAUCAACAACUCAACAACCCCGAUGGUUCAGUAGGUGCCCGUGGUCGCAUGGGCGCCAUGUUCAAGAGCGGCAUGCGUGGUGUCAAAGGUCGCAGAUCUAGCAGUGCUGCCAUUGAGAGUCUUUCCGAAUCUGUUGAAAGCGCCCAACUGGACUCCCUGCCUCUACCUCCCGUAUCUUCUGGCAACAUGCCGGAGUUUACCUAUCUGCAAACACCUUCCUUGCCCUUUGAUCCGGAUUUCCACACCGCCUUUGCAACAUUAGCGGAUAUCCUGAUUGACACAUACUCUGGAGUUGUCCAACUCCUGCCGAACACAGAGUCUGUAGGCCCCGGUGUGGGUGAAGCCUUUGGCAAAGCAGACAAAAUUCUGCGCAAGGUCUUGGUGCAGAAUGCCGUUCAAGAGCUGGGCGACACCACUCGCCGCGAAGUCCGUUCUGAAAUAGGCGGACUCGGUAGACUGGUUCUAGGAGGGUUGAUGUAA